GAGCCCUCCCUCCUUCCCCAUUUCCAAAUCUCAGCCACAGACAGAACAGGUGGCUAAGGAAUUCCAUGUCUGUCUUAAGUUGUCAUGAAGCUCCAAAACCAGACCUUGCAAACUUCACUGCCAUGGCUUCCGCAGCUGCUCCUCCAGCUUCCUACUCUCUGCCGCUCAGCGCCAAAAGCCGUGGCCGGGAACAGCAACUGUGGAUAGAGCGAACCACAAGAGGAAGAAGAAGAAGAAGAAGAGGAAGGGGAAAUGGCAUGAUUAGUUUGAGAGUUUUUGCAGCGCAAGAGCCAGCUGGAAAGAGACAAAGGGCUCCACCACCAGGAGUUGACACCAGAAUCCACUGGGACAACGAAGAUGAAGGCUGGAUAGGAGGAGGCCACUCAAAUUCAAACUCAUCCUCAACACAGGAACCCCUUAAGCCUGAAGAAGACCGCCAGAAGAACAACCCCUUGGGUGAAAAGUUCUCUGAUUUGCUCAACAGUUCAGAUUCUCAUUACCAGUUCUUGGGAGUAUCUCCAGAUGCAGAUUUGGAAGAGAUCAAAGCAGCUUACCGGCGCUUGUCGAAAGAGUACCACCCGGACACAACUUCACUUCCUCUGAAAGCGGCAUCGGACAAGUUCAUGCAGCUGAGGGAGAUCUACGACGUGCUGAGCGACGACGAGAAGCGCCGGUUCUACGAUUGGACGCUGGCGCAGGAGGCGGCCAGCCGCGAGGCCGAGAAGAUGAGGAUGAAACUAGAGGAUCCAUACAUGAAAGAUUUGGAGAACUGGGAAUCGGUUCCAGACAUGGUGGAUAGGCUUGGCGGGAGGAACUUGGAGCUCAGCGAUCAAGCCAUGACUGCCCUCACCUUUGAUGCUGUCAUCAUUGUGUUUGCUAUUUGCUGCAUUGUUUAUACCAUCUUCUUCAAGGAACCAUAUUACUAAUUAAGUUGAAGAUGAUCACUGCAUUCAGUUGGUUGCGGGGAUCUUGGAUUCUUAGCCCAUGUAUACAUAUACAAACCCUAUUUCAUGAUACAUAGAAAAUAAUGUCUCUGCAACUUGAGGUUA